AUGGCCCGCAGCCGCAGCCUCGACCCCAAGACGUUCGCCCCGCAGGCGACGCUCGUGGCUUGCUGCAGCUCGCGCUGGGCCCCCCAGGAGCUGUCGGCGGGCGCCACAGGGGACCUCCUGGCUGCCGCUUCCGCGCGCUGCGCGGCGGAGGCCGCCGCCGGCGCCGUUAGCGGCUGGGGGGACGCGCUCGUGCUUGUGGCGCGCGGGGCGGAGGCCAAUGUUGGGGCCGGCGGCGGCGGCGGAGGAGGAGGAACGGCGCAGUUCCUGGCGGUGGCGCCGCUGGUUGCGCUCGACGGCUCCUUCAAUGGCGAUAUCCUGUGA